GCAUUCGAUAGAUCCUGGUUCGCGAAAUUUAACGCACUAUGCAAUUUACAGGGCUCGCGCACGUCCUUUGAAUGUAAUUAUUUGCUUUCUAUUCAGUCAUGUUUCUAUCAGCUGUUUAGCUUUUUAGUCCGAAAACAACAACCUCAACGAUACUAUCGCUUGGGCCUUAGAAAACAGUUGUGCCAUCACUGGAUAGACAGCUCUAUCCUCUGAAAAAUCAAUUUUUCCAAACUGAUUGUAAACACGAUGCCAGACAGAAAGAGGAUUCUUUGUCUUUAGUAAUAUAUCUUAGGAUGCCGAGCUCCUAUCUGUUCGCCGCCAGCAGUGAAGGGCGCGUCUACACGCUGUCCACCAGCUCUGGAGCGUGGCGCGAACUUCCCUACCUUGGAUUGGAGUUCAAGAAGAUCUGCGCCGUGCCCAACUUUUUGUGGGCUAUUGGCGGCGACCGCCAGGUGUACGUUCAUGUACACGGUCUGGACGUGCCCAUUCGGAUUCGGGAAGAGUCGUACGAGAACGAGCGCUGGCUGCCCAUCGAGGGCUUUUCGAAGACACUGCUGCCCACGGAUCGGUACAGAUACUCCUCCGCCGAUGGCAGCGUGGAGCGUGGUGUGGACAAAAUCCGACUGCCCUCGAUGGCCUGGCAAUGGGACGGCGACUGGCACCUGGACCUAGAGCUCGAUGGACAGCCGCUGCCUGAGGAUGGCUGGAUGUACGCCUUGGACUUUCAGGCCACGUACUCGGCAAAGAAGUCAUGGAACUCGUAUGUGCGACGACGCAAGUGGGUGAGAUAUAGGAGGUAUGCCGCCUUAAAUAGUUGGUGUGCAGUGGCACCACUGCACAAGGAUCCCACCCAGGAGCCAUUCAUAGACGUGGCUAUAGGCGGCACUUGUGUACCCAACGCUCCUGCCGGCACUUUGUGUGUCUGGGCCAUUACCGCCCACGGCAGAGCUAUGUUUCGCACGGGGGUGUCCAAAACGGCGCCCGAGGGUCUUCGCUGGACAGCUGUACCAACGCCAACGGGCAGUGAACUCUCGCAGAUCAGCGUUGGGCCUACAGGAUUGGUUUGGGCGGUUCUCUACAACGGACGUGUGAUUGUACGCACUGGUGUAACCAGAGACAACCUAGUCGGGGACUCGUGGUUGGAUGUCAAGACCCCCGUGGCCGCCUGCAGUUUGCGCAUAGUUCAUGUUUCCGUUGGCACCGAUGCAGUGUGGUGUGUGACCAAUGAUCAUCACGCCUGGUUUAGGAGAGGCGUUAAGGGUGAGGCAGCGGGCAUAAGCGAGGAUUCGGCCAUUGGUAAGGGCUGGGUGGAAAUGGUGGGAAACAUUUCAAUGGUUUCUGUGGCGGCCAACGAUCAGGUCUUUGCAGUUGGGGCCGCUGACCGUUGCUUGUACCACCGCUCUGGGGUGACCUCGGCCGAUCCCACUGGCAAAAAAUGGCGUUUAAUUCAGUGUCCAAUGCAAAUCAGCCGCACAUCUAGCUCUCUAUCAAUAGUCUCUCGUAAAAGUGGCGGAAGUAGUUCAACUCCAGGUUCCAAGCACCAGAGCUUCUCCAAUUUGUACUCUAAGGAGAAGGAGAAGGGUGUGGUGGAGACCUGUGCAAUUAUAGAAACUGUGCUCAACAGCUCUACAGGCUCCUGCUCUAGUAAUGGGGGUCCACCUGGUCUACUUAAGAACGAGCGUUGGAAACUCAGUGCCGAUUCACCUCCGACUAUAGGAAGUCUGAACCUCAACGAUCGCCACAAGCAGAGAACGGCGGCGCUUCGCGAAACUUCACAUGCUUCCAGUGCUCCCGCAGCGGAUGUGGUGGAGGUGAUUACUGGAAAGUUUGAGACACAGCUGAGGAACCCAAGAGCUUGGUCUCCCGUUCGAAGUGUUGGCUCCGUUGUGGGCACCGAAGCGCACCCAGAGAGCGAUUCGACCGUGUUUGAGUCGGACUCCACGCACCAUGGAUCGGAUGUGUUUUUGGGAGAAGAUGACGACCAUACGGGAUCUCAAUUUUGGACAGAAUGUGGCAUACUAUGGAGCUGCGUAGCUCCUGGUGCUGUGACUGUGGAUGCCAGCAACAUGCCCAAUUGGUUUAACGAGCAGACGAGCGACAGUAAAGUGGAUGUGAAUGCCAAUUGGCGGAAGGAUAUUCUUAGCAAGUUGCAGCGGCGGCAGGAAAAACUUGCCAAGCUGCAGACUGUGGCCAAGUUCGAGAAGGCAGUCGAGCUUUCUUCGUGGGUCAAAUCGGCGGAUGCGCGUUAUCAGCGACCUGGGGGCGAGUUUGAGGAUUGCGUCAUCGAACUUGAGUGGGUGAGCAUCGGCUGUGGAACAAAUAGCUGUGAAAACUCGCAAUCCAGUGACUCUGGCACUUUUACGGUUCUUAGUCCUGAUGGAGCAGCCACAAAGAUUCAGUUUCCGUUGUCUGACAUCACCUGUGUUCAGUGCUGCAGUGAAGCAGGCGCACCCCGUAUCGCCAUUCAUGCUCCUCAUCUUCCCGUGAACUGCUCGCCCGUUAAUCUACAGUUCUCCAGUGACUCGGAAAUGGAGGACUGGUUGUCCCACCUGUCGUCAGUUUGUAGCCAGAUCAACACUCUGGUGGGAAAACCAGCUGACAAUGCUAUCUGGAUAACCAGCGAGUUGGGCGAUGUCUUUGUUUUCGAUGCCGCCAACAUGAAGGCACAGCAGACAAGUGAACCCGGUGAUGGAUACGUGGAGAAGAUGGAUGUUUCCACAUGCGAAACUCCAUACUACAAUACUCUUUACAAUGGAAUGCCGUGUGGUACUGAGCUUGAGAUAUCUGGCUGUGUGUACGAUGACGCUGACCAGAUUCGCUUCGACUUGCAGUCGCAUUCUACAGUAAAAGUUCAGCAUCAUCGCGUGGAGAAGCAUCGGGUCAUUGCUUUGCACCUGAAUCCCCGUUUCAACGAACGCACCACGGUGCUCAACUCGAUGAAGGGGUCCGAAUGGCUGGACGAGAUUCGCAAUGACAAAAUGGCCUUUGCUCCGGGAUCAACUUUUUCGUUGAAGAUUAGAGCUCUGCAGGAUCACUACUUGAUUAUCGUGAACAAUGCCGUUUAUGCCGACUACAAGUACCGCAUCGAUCCGGAGAGCGUGACCCGGCUUUAUGUGAGCGGCCGCAUUAAGUUAUUCAACGUGCUCUACCGAUGCCCUUCCCUAAUUGUCUCAAUGGAGCGUAUGCACUGGCGCCAAAUGGGCGGUCACAUAAAGAGGAUUUUCAACGCCGGCGUGGAUGUGGUGUGGGGCAUAUCCUGUGACAACACUGGCUGGGUGUACAACGGUGGCUGGGGAGGUAUGUUCCUGAAGGGCUUGGAGGGCUCCGCCAAAAUUAACCCAAUGAUUGACACACACACAUACUAUGUGUAUGAGAAUCAGCGCUGGAAUCCAAUCAGUGGUUUCACGGCGAAGAGUCUGCCUACGGAUCGGCACUUGUGGAGCGAUGCUACUGGGCGGCAGAAGCGGAGCAAGGAGCACACUAAGCUCCUUUCCACGCACUGCGAAUGGAUCUCCGAUUGGGCCAUUGACUACAACAUUCCUGGGGGCGCGGACAAGGAGGGCUGGCAAUACGCCAUCGAUUUUUCCGUCAGCUAUCAUGCCCACAAAAAACUCACGGACUGCGUGCGUCGGCGAAGGUGGAUGAAGCGGUGUCGCCUUAGUAGCAGCGGUCCAUGGCAGGAGCUAAGUCAGUCCAAAAUUCUCGAUGCUGCCCUGCAGGUAUUGGAUGAGGAUACGGAUAAUAGCUGUUCGGGCGAGAGAAACACAGCUGUGGCUGCCUGGGCCAUUGCCUCCAAUGGUGAUGUCCUGAUCCGACAUGGUGUAUGCAGUUUAAACCCUCGUGGCGAUGCCUGGGAGCACAUAACCAGCGACCAGCCGCUCGUCGGGAUCAGCGUGGGACCCACCGGUCAAGUGUGGACUGUGGCGCGCAAUGGCAUGGUGUUUUUCCGGUAUGGAAUCAGCAGGCAGAAUCCUUGCGGCGAUGCCUGGCAACAAGUGGAGGCUCCCGCGGGUGUGACCUUUAAAGCGAUAAGCGUGGGUCGGGCGGGGAUUUGGGCGCUGGACAACCAGCAGCGUUUGGCUGUGCGUAAGGAGAUAUCGAGGACUUUCCCUGAGGGCUCCCACUGGCAGUUUCUGCCCAAUGCCCCUAAUGUGCCGCCGCAUACUGAUCAGCAUUGUGGCUUCCGGUCGGUGUCCGUGGGCUCCGAGGUGUGGGCCAUCUCCCUCAAUGGUAUCAUCUGCAGGCGCUGCGGCAUUACAAAUGAAAAUCCUGCAGGCGUAGGAUGGAAUCUUGGCAUUGCGGGCCAAUGGCAAAAUGUCUCUGUCGAAGGAUAUAUGUAAUGGAUUUAAUUUCGAUAUUUGUGCAUUCCUAUUUACUUACUCGUAUUUAUUCAUGUUUACAAGCUUAUAAGCGACUAGGCCAACGCUUUUUCCAAAGUAUUUGAACAUAAGAUGUUUCCUAUAAGCCAUUUACAUAUUUAAAACGUAUUAUUUACACAUAUUUAUUUAGGACGUAUAAUAAUUUAUAAAAAAAAUCUAUCUCACAUUUGUAAGAAAAAUUAUUAAACCAGAUGGAAAUGUACACUUUUUGUUUAGUUUAACAAAUCAAGCAGCCGUGAUUUUUCAUUAUUGUAAGCCAAUAUAUGUUUUGAAU